AGGAUAAUAAAUAUCCUGGCCCAGUGCCCCAGGAGCCAUGACAAGCAAAGGCACAUACUUGCCUGGAGAUAGCCUUUGCGAUAUUUAAAUGUGUGGGUUAAUUUUUUAUCCACUUUAAUAACUGUUUUAUUCCUCCUUCUACUUCUUUGCUUUCUCUUUCCACCCUGAAGCCGUGGGUACAGAAUCUCUGCAGGCAAGUUGCUCCAGAGCAUAUUGCAGGACAAACCUGUGACGAAUAGUUAAAUUCACGGCAUCUGGAUUCCUAAUCCUUUUCCGAAAUGGCAGGUGUGAGUGGCUGUGUAAAAUAUUCUAUGUUUACCUUCAACUUCUUGUUCUGGCUAUGUGGUAUCUUGAUCCUAGCAUUAGCAAUAUGGGUACGAGUAAGCAGUGACUCUCAAGAGGUUUUAAAUUCUACAGAUUUAAGCUCUAGCUCCUAUGUUGCUGUGAACAUAUUGAUUGCUGUAGGUGCCAUCAUCAUGAUUCUGGGCUUCCUGGGAUGCUGCGGUGCUAUAAAAGAAAGUCGCUGCAUGCUUCUGUUGUUUUUCAUAGGCUUGCUUCUGAUCCUGCUCCUGCAGGUGGCGGCAGGUAUCCUAGGAGCUGUUUUCAAAUCUGAGUCUGAUCGCAUUAUCAAUGAAACUCUCCGUGAAAACACAAAGCUUUUGAGCACCACAGAGGAAAGUGCAAAACAAUUCCAGCAAGCCAUGGUUGAGUUUCAAAAAGAGUUUAAAUGCUGUGGUUUGAUCAACGGAGCUGCUGAUUGGGGAAAUAAUUUUCAACAAUAUCCCAACUUAUGUGAAUGUCUAGAUACACAGAGACCAUGCACCAACUAUAAUGGAAAACUAGUUUACCAAGAGCCCUGUAUUUCUUCCAUAAGAGACUUCUUGGUAAAAAAUUUGAUAAUAGUUAUUGGAAUAGCAUUUGGACUGGCAGUUAUUGAGAUACUGGGUUUGGUGUUUUCUAUGGUCCUGUAUUGCCAGAUCGGGAACAAAUGAAUCUGUGGAUGUGUCAAGCUAUCGCCAGUCAAACCCCUUUAAAAUGUUGCUUUGGCUUUGUAAAUUUAAAUAUGUAAGUGCUAUAUAAGUCAGGAGCAGCUGUCUUUUUAAAAUGUCUCAGCUAGCUAGACCACAGAUACCUUCUAGACAUAUUGAACAUAUUUAAGGUUUGAGGGAUAUAAGGGAAAAUGAUAUGAAUAUGUAUUUUUACUCAAAAUAAAAGUAACUGUUUAUGUUGGUG